GAUAUUCCUGAAGAGAUCGGCAAUCUUGUCGCACUGAAGAAUCUGAAUUUAUCAUGGAAUACCUUUGGCGGAAAAAUUCCUGAGAAUAUUGGCGCCUUAAUGCAAGUUGAGUCACUGGACCUAUCACACAAUGGGUUGUCUGGUGAAAUCCCUUUAAGUUUAUCGGAUCUCACAUCAUUGAGCCGCUUGAACCUGUCCUACAACAAUUUGACGGGGCGGAUACCAUCCGGAAAUCAGUUGCAAACACUCGAAGACCCAGAAUAUAUCUAUGUUGGCAACCCAGGCCUUUGUGGUCCUCCUCUCGCGAGGAAAUGUUGGCAACCCGAGCCAAUUCCAGCUACUCGUGAACAUUAUGAUGAUAUAAAGCGACGCGGUUUCAUUUUUCCAGGCCAUGGGUUCUGGAUGUAUAAUGGGUAUCUGGGUAGUCUUCUGUACCUUCUUGUUCAAAAGGAAGUGGAGAGUUUCUUGGUUCUCACUUUGUGACAGAUUGUAUGACAGGGCUUAUGUGAAAGUGGCACUUACCUGGGCUUCCUGGACACGAGCAAAUGGGUAGAAGCUGAGAUCAACCUCUACCAUGUAAACUAUCGGAAUUUUGCCAUGUACGGAUAUGUCAAAAUAUUGUAGCAAGUAUACUAUUCACAGAUAUGUAUUUCAGGACUAUGCCAUCAACUGACGUUGGCAUGAUUUGGGGCAUGUGUAAUUUCAGGCGAACUAUGCCUGAAUUAGCUGUUGUUGAUGUAUAUUUUCCUGCAAUGGUCUUGAAUUUUAUGAUGAAGCCAUUCAGUGGUUGGAACGUAUAUGAAGUAGGGGAAUCAUGGUCUGAUGGAUGUGAUGGAAUAGUUAGAAAUGAUCAACCCGCAUGAAGAAUGUGUAGCUGUGAUUGCAGCUAGCCCAGCUCAUGAUCACAAAUUCACAAUCGCCAUCCUGAUACCCUCGCCGCUGCAACCGACUGAUGAUCACAAAUUCACAUAGUGUAGCACCCGCUUGCAUUACAUUCAUUGCUCCCGAAGUCCCAACCCAGAUGCCAAACCCAAACCCUCGACGUCGUCCCGCUUGCCCUCCACCGGCGGCCAUGGCCAUGGACCCGCAGGUGACCACCGGCACCAGGAUGAGUCAAAUUGACGAUCCCGAGACCAUGGACCUUGGCAUCAACGUCUUCCUCAUGUACGUCUACGAUUCCCUCCCGGAUCCGCCCGUCUCCCCCGCCGCCCAACUCCCCCUCUCCGGGCCGUUGUGGAUCCACGACGGCGUCGACCGCAUCAGCCGCCUGCCCGACGAGGUCCUCCGCAACAUCGUCUCGCGCCUACCCGUCAAGGACGCCGCGCGCACCGCCGCCUUCUCCUCGCGCUGGCGGCCCAUCUGGCGCUCCGCGCCCCUCACCCUCGUCGACAGCCACCUGCUUCCGGACUGCGGCGCGAGCGGGCCGCUCGUCGCCGGCGCCCCUUCUCCCCGCGCCGUCACCGCCGCGGUGUCCCGCGUGCUCGCGGCGCACCCGGGGCCCUUCCGCUGCGUCCACCUCACCUGCACCAACAUGGACCAGCACCGGGGCGAGAUGGCGCGAUGGCUCGACGUCCUCGCCGCCAAGGGAGUCCUCGACCUCGUCUUCGUCAACCGUCCCUGGCCGGUCGACCUGCGCCUCCCCACCACGAUCUUCAGCUGCGCCUCGCUCACCCGCCUCUACCUCGGACUCUGGAGGCUCCCUGAAACCGCCGCCGUGCCGCGCCGUGCCAGCUUCCCCAACCUCCGGGAGCUCGGCCUCUGCUUCAACGUCAUGCAGGACCGGGACCUCGCCUUCAUGCUCGAAAGAAGCCCCGCUCUGGAGAUUCUCGUCAUCAUCGCAAACCAGAUCGGGCUGCGCCUUCGCCUCGUCAGCCACAGCCUCCGGUGCGUCGAGCUAGGCUGCGCCUACUUGGACGAUAUCGUCGUGGAGGAUGCCCCUCGUCUGGAGAGGCUCUUCCAGUGGACAACGUUCGGUGACCUCUCCGAGGGCAAUCCCAACAUGUGCCAGCACUCGAGGAUACAGAUUGGCCAUGCACCCAACCUGCGCGUGCUGGGAUACCUUCAGCCCAGAGAGAAUGAGAUGGAGAUUACAAACACCGUCGUCCUGGCUGGGACCAAGCACAACAUUGUCCCAAGUGUCCAGGUCUUCGCCAUGGAGGUGCCAUUUGGGGUCCGUAAUGCUGUCAAGAAGGUGCCUGCCUUCCUCAGAUGUUUCCCCAAUAUUGAAACGCUACAUGUCCAGUCCGAGAAACGUGAUGAGACAACUGGAAAGGUCAAUCUCAAGUUCUGGCAGGAAGGUGGUCCGAUUAAAUGUGUCCUGUCCAUGAAGAAGUUGUUCUUCUACGAGUUCAGAGGGUCGAGAAGCGAGGUUACUUUCCUCAAGUUCAUCGCUGAGAGAGCUCGGGUGCUGGAGAAGAUGGUGAUUGUGGUGGCCGGUGAAUGUCUCUCUUCAGGGGAUGAUGUCAAUGCCAAACUCAAGCCUCUGACCGGUGCAAAAUGGAUGAACAAAGCCUGCAAACUUGAGCUCUUCAAAAGCCCACACCCUGAAGUGGCAUCUCCAGUCUUCUGCCACGAGCUGGCAUCCGAUUUCUCGUUUCCUGACCCUUUUGACCUCGGCUACUAUACAGAAUCUCUGUAAGUGUCCAAGUUAAACCGAGCUAGCCUGUACAGGAAGACUACUGGUACCUAGGCUUUCGUCAGACUCUGCAGCAGCUAAAUACCUGCAUUUCAUUCGUGUGCUAGCUGGUGGGAGUAGCAUGCAUUUUCUGUAACAAGCUGUGCCAAGCCGUGAUGCUUACCAUUUACUCUAGUCUUACUUUAGUUUAUCUAGCUCUA